CAGCCGCCACCAUCUUGUGCUGAGUGUUUUCCAUCCGGGUCUUCAGUGAAGGACAAUGAGCUGGAGUCAGUUUGAAAACUGUUCAGAGGAAGGUCUGAAAUCAGAUUUACAUCCAGAUACCUGGUAUUGUUUGGUGAGGAUUGGCAAACAGGAAACUCAAACCAAACAUCAUUUCAAGAUCUGAGUCUUUCAAUUCAUCAGGACCUGAAUAUCAUCAGACUUUUAAUGUGAAAAGAGAAAUGUUUGUCUGUUCUGUUUGUGGAAAAAGGUUUCAAACAUCAGUGUGACUGGAAAAUCACCGAGACACACACAUCCAAGUGAGAGCAUUCCAGUGCACUGGCUGUGGAAAGAGCUUUAACCAGUUACACAGCCUGAAAAAACAACACACCAUUCACGGUGGGAAGAAACCAUACAGAACUUCUGUGUGAACGAGACUUCAACUGAUCAUCCAACCUGGAGAGACACAAGGACCCCCAUGUCAUGGAGAAACCGUGUAAAUGUGGGGACUGUGGGAAGGGAUUCAAUUACCCAUCUGACCUGGAAAUUAAUCAACGCAUUCACACUGGGGAGAGGCCAUUCAUGUGUUCUGAGUUGUGGGAAGGGAUUCACUCAGUUAUCCAGUCUACGUACACACCAGAGAAAUCACACUGGGGAGAGACCGUUCACUUGCCCUGAAUGUGGGAAGGGAUUCACUAGGUCACCCACCCUGCUGAAACAUCAGCGAAUUCACACUGGGGAGAGACCCUUCACCUGCUCCGAGUGUGGGAAGGGAUUCACCAGUUCUUCCAACCUACUGACACACCGGCGAGUUCACACUGGGGAGAGGCCGUUCACCUGCCACAAGUGUGGGAAGGGAUUUGCCGAUUUAUCCACUUUGCUGAAACACCAGCCAGUUCACUCUGAUGAGAGACCUUUUAAAUGCCCAGAUUGCAAAAAGUGCUAUAAAAGUUCCAGGGAACUGAUGCGCCAUCAACGUGUUCACACUGACGAGAGACCAUUCAGAUGCUGUCAAUGUGGGACUGGGUUCAAGACAUCAUCUGAUCUCAAAAUACAUCAGCGGGUUCACACUGGGGAAAGGCCAUUCAUCUGCUGUGUGUGUGGGAAGGGAUUCACUCCUUCAUCCAACCUCCUGAGACACCAGCGAGUUCACUCUGAUAUGAGAACUUUUAAAUGUUCUGACUGUGAGGAGAGCUUUAAAAACAGCAGUGAUCUGAUGAGACACCAACGCACUCACACCGGAGAGAGGCCGUACAUCUGCUUUGUGUGUGGGAAGGAUUCUCUUGGGCAUUCACCCUGCUGCAACACCAGCAAGUUCACACAGGGGAGAGGCCAUACACCUGCUCCAUGUGUGGGAAAGGAAUCAUUGAUUCAUCCCACCUGCUGAGACUUCAACAAGUCCACUAGUGACGACUGGGUUUGUGUUGUGUCCUUAUUGCUGCUGUUAAUCACAUCCAGGACUGAAUUUAUGGGUUAAUCCUGAGGUGUGUAAGAAAUGUGUCCCAUUCGCUCUCUUCCAUGGUUCAGAGCUCCUAGACACAGAACAGAAAGCUGCUUUACAACUGGGUUUAGAGACAAGAAGAACAACGGUGAAUGCUGGAAAUGUGCUGUCAAAUCAGAGAUUGGUGUAAAACUGUGAGCUGUUCCUGAUUGAGAGUGAAACAGCAGGUUUAAGUUUCCAAUCUGAAAAUGACUGUGGUAAUUAUGGUACGAGGAUUUAAAAUGUUUGUGUGAUAUUCUUGGGUCUACCAAUGUAAGGCAAUAACAAGAAGGUGCAUUUCAAUAUGGAACCUUCAACCGGUCUCACCUUCCAUUGCCUUCAAUGUCAUGGAAACUGACAGUUGGAACCUGUUGACAUUUGAAAGAUAUUUACAAAUUAUUCAAGGGUUUCUUACAAGUUGGGAUCUUCCUCUGUUCUGUCCACUCGAGGUGUUCGAUAACAGACUUUCUCCUGUGAAUAUCGAGCUGGAGUAUUGGGCUGUGAUGUGUUUCCUUGUUCAUCUAGUUGACUCUAAAUAUUGAAUCUUGUGGUUUCAGACACCAGAUAAUCAAGCUCACAACAUCAGAUUGUCUUUUCCUGACUUUAUUAACAGCUCUGCAAUCAUACAGAGUAAUUCCUUACAUGGUUCCAAUCCUCAAUGAAGUACUUAUAAAUGUCAUCAUUAAUAUACUUCAGAGCCUGUAAUAUAGGAAUGGUGGAUUGUUCUGUAAUUUUAAUAUAAUUUUAAUUCAAUAUUUCUUCCUCUAAUAUCUCGUCCACCGCUUCCCUGUUACCUAAUGCAUUUGUUUGCCGAUUUUUGUUAUGACAGAUUGUCACAUAUUCCCCAUGUUUUUAACUAGAUCAUGUAUCUCUAUGUUAAAUUUUAUGAAUUUUCUUGCUGUAAUUCAGUCUUUGAGCUGUGAAUGUAUUUCUUGAAUAA